GUACUGUCAUGGCGGCUGUCUGCUGGUGACACAAAAACGUUUUGAGUCUGUCGGUUGGGAGCCGCUGUAGGUGUCGGUUUGUUCUGUGAAAAGCUGCGCGGUAGUUUUGGGUCGGAACCACCGGCAACAUGGCGUCCACGGCGGCGGGAAAGCAGCGCAUCCCGAAGGUGGCGAAGGUGAAGAAUAAAGCUCCUGCCGAGGUUCAGAUCACGGCUGAGCAGCUGCUCAGAGAGGCCAAAGAGAGGGAGCUGGAACUGCUGCCUCCACCCCCCAAACAGAAGAUCACCGAUAAGGAGGAGCUGAACGACUACAAGCUGAAGAAGAGGAAGGGCUUUGAAGACAACAUCAGGAAGAAUCGGACCGUCAUCAGUAACUGGAUUAAAUACGCGCAAUGGGAGGAAAGCCUGCAGGAGGUUCAGAGGGCUCGCUCCAUCUACGAGCGAGCGCUGGACGUGGAUCACCGCAACAUCGCUCUGUGGCUGAAGUACGCAGAGAUGGAGAUGAAGAGCCGCCAGGUGAACCACGCUCGCAACAUCUGGGACAGAGCCAUCACCAUCCUCCCCCGGGUCAACCAGUUCUGGUACAAGUACACCUACAUGGAGGAGAUGCUGGGGAACGUGCCGGGCUGCAGGCAGGUGUUUGAGCGCUGGAUGGAGUGGGAGCCUGAAGAACAGGCCUGGCACUCCUACAUCAACUUUGAGCUGCGCUACAAGGAGGUGGACAAAGCCCGCACCAUCUAUGAGCGAUUCGUCAUCGUUCACCCUGAGGUGAAGAACUGGAUCAAGUACGCUCGCUUCGAGGAGAGGCACGGCUACAUCGCCCACAGCAGGAAGGUGUACGAGCGAGCCGUGGAGUUCUUUGGGGAGGAGUACGUGGACGAGAACCUGUUUGUGGCCUUCGCCAGGUUUGAGGAGACCCAGAAGGAGUUCGAGCGCGUCCGGGUCAUCUACAAGUACGCUCUGGACAGGAUCCCCAAACAUCAGGCGCAGGAGCUCUUCAAGAACUACACCAUGUUUGAGAAGAAGUUCGGAGACCGGCGAGGAAUCGAGGACGUGAUCGUCAGCAAGCGGAGGUUUCAGUAUGAGGAGGAAGUGAAGGCCAAUCCACACAACUACGACGCCUGGUUUGAUUACCUGCGGCUGGUGGAGAGCGACGCCGACGCCGACACCGUCAGGGAGGUCUACGAGAGAGCCAUCGCCAACGUGCCGCCCAUCCAGGAGAAGAGGCACUGGAGGCGCUACAUCUACCUGUGGAUCAACUACGCCCUGUACGAGGAGCUGGAGACCAGGGAUCCUGAGCGGACCAGGCAGGUCUACCAGGCGUGUCUGGAGCUCAUCCCCCAUAAAAAGUUCACCUUUGCAAAGAUCUGGCUGCUCUUUGCUCAGUUUGAGAUCCGACAGAAGAACCUGCCGGGAGCCAGAAAGAUCAUGGGCACGGGGAUCGGUAAAUGCCCGAAGAACAAGCUGCUGAAGGGCUACAUCGAGCUGGAGCUGCAGCUGCGUGAGUUCGACCGCUGCAGGAAGCUCUACGAGAAGUACCUGGAGUUCAGCCCGGAGAACUGCACCACCUGGAUCAAGUUCGCCGAGCUGGAGAGCAUCCUGGGCGACGUGGAGCGCGCCCGCGCCAUCUUUGAGCUCGCCAUCAGCCAGCCCCGGCUGGACAUGCCCGAGGUUCUGUGGAAGUCUUACAUCGACUUUGAGAUCGAGCAGGAAGAGUUCGAGAACACGAGGAACCUCUACAAGAGGCUGCUGCAGCGCACGCAGCACGUCAAGGUGUGGAUCAGCUACGCCAAGUUCGAGCUGUCGGUGGACGGGGCGGAGCGGCUGCAGCGGUGCCGGCAGAUCUUCGAGGAGGCCAACAAGAGCAUGAGGAGCUGCGAGGAGAAGGAGGAGCGGCUGAUGCUGCUGGAGUCCUGGAGGGACUUUGAGAAGGAGUUUGGGUCGGACGGAACCAGGGAACGGGUCCGCAAGCUGCUGCCUGAGAAGGUGAAGAAGAGGAGGAAGCUGACGGCCGAGGACGGGUCGGACGCCGGCUGGGAGGAAUACUACGACUACAUCUUCCCCGAGGACGCCGCCAACCAGCCCAACCUCAAGCUGCUCGCCAUGGCCAAGAUGUGGAAGAGGCAGCAGGCGAAGGACGACGACGCCGAGGACAGAGAGAAGCCUCCAGAAAAGCCUCCUGCCGCUGAGGAAGAGGAGGAGGAGGAGGAGGAGGAGGAGGAGAGCUCAGCGCCUCCUGAGACGCAGCCGCAGUCUGAGAGAGACGCUGAGACGGAGAAGACGUACGACGACCGAGACGACAGCAGCAGCAGCAGUGAUGAAGAUGAUGGAGAGAAGAAAGAGAGGAGCAGCAGUGAUGAAGAUGAUGGAGAGAAGAAAGAGAGCAGGAGCAGCAGUGAUGAAGAUGAUGGAGAGAAGAAAGAGAGCAGGAGCGAUGAAGAUGGAGAGAAGAAAGCGAGCAGCAGCAGAGAGGAGGACAAAGAUUGACUCUUCAGCAUCAAUCACAGCUCAGACUCAGUUUUUGUUGUGAAACAAACGUUCUUUAGAUUUACAGCAAACAUUUUCUACGUGCAGCGGUUCUCUCAGAGAGCCUGCGUCUGUUAUUCGAUGUCUUCGGGUCUGACGGGGUGCGGCAGCGGGAUGAUGGACUUCUUCUCCGUGUCUCUGGACAGAGCCUUCCUCAUAUCUGUGGAGGACACCACGGCUCAGUGCUUUAACUGCUGACAAUAAUAAAGAACUAUUUUCUAACGGCU